CUCUGACCAAGUGAUUAAGAUCCUAGGGUGGCCCUUGUACCUAGUACUCACAAACAGAUAGGGUAUGAGGUAGAAACACCUUUGGGGAACACUAUCAGUGAUGAAAGCAGGCAGGCCUGACUCAAGUGGGUUUGGGGUUCAUUUCUAGUUUUGGGCUGCCACUGAUAAUCCAUCCAGUUGACCUGCUCUGUCCACCUCAUUAAUGGGUAUCUGCCUCAUUGGGGUGGAGGGGACUGUGUUAGUUUUAUGAUAAUUGCCUAUCGGUGGCAAAUAGUCAUGAUGAGACGUGAGGAGGUGAACAGAGACUGGGAGCAACUACGCAAGAAUGUGUGGCUGUGGGAGGUGCUCAGAUACACAGGAAAUGAGGUGAGGAGCUCACCAGCCGCCCACAAAGACCUUCCUGGCUGUCCUAGACAGGGCCAAGCAGCAACCUCACGGUGGCCUUGGUAAGUACUGCCCCCAUUCUCCAUCCUGGGCCAGUCCCCAAGCCUCUCCGUGCCCUGGGGUCUGGGAGGGAUAGGUCCUGCCUGGUCAGGAGAUUGAGACCUGGCUGUAGCCAGGUUAGUGAACUCGGCCCCCUCUGUGCAAGAUGUCUACACGCCAAGCUUGAACAGACAGGCCCUUACCUCAGAAGACUGUUCACCCUCAUUUUGCUCACCCUGAACUCUUAGGUGAGCCCCUAAUCAGCUCUUAUAAGGGCAACUCUAGGAAAAGCAGGGAUCCUGGGAAGGGAGGAGUAGGGUAGGGAUACUUUGCCUUCAUAGCAGCUCUUUCUGUUCAGUGGCCCCCCCAACUGCUUAGCUUCUGUAGUGAGUAGUCUAGGAACAUCACCUGACACAAGGGGUCACUCCUGGGCAGUGGUGGCUGGAGGUGAGGUCUGUGGUCUGUGGCUCAAAGUCAGAGUGAUAUCAGAGAUUUCCCCCAGGUAAUGAGUUUGAGCUACAGUGAGUACAGUAUAGCCUUGUUCAGGUCAUAGCUGCCCCUGGCCAUGCUCCUCCAUUUCCAUAGACAUCUCUGAUAACUAAAGGAACCCUAGCCAGAGGGUUCAGUGGGUGCCCAUAGGGCAGGGCAAAAACGUAAGGCCUGGGGGUUUCCGGUGUGCUGAGUCAGCCAGGGAGGGAGGAAGAACCCACCAGCUGGGCAAGAUCUCAAGUAGAGCUGCAGGUGUGCACUGCUUCCCCAGUCAGCCCCCAGCGCUCAUUUUUUCUGUCCUCAGGUCCCUCCUCCCUGCUUUACAAGAUGAGGCCAUCAGUGCCUUCAGCCCCACUAGCCCUCUGGGUCAUGGGGUGCUUCUCCCUGCUCCUCUGGCUGUGGGCACUGUGCACAGCCUGCCACAGGAAGCGGGUUCAAAGGCAACAAACUGAGCUACAGGGCAGUUUGAUACCAGUGGAAAUGUCACUGCUGAGACAGACCCACCUCUGCUCCCUCAGCAAGUCUGACACCAGAUUGCAUGAGCUUCACCAAGGCCCACGCUGCAGCAUAGCCCCACGGCCUGCUAGCAUGGAUCUCCUGCAUCCACACUGGCUGGAGGUAUCCAGGGGCAGCACCAGGUCUCAAGUAACUCCCUCUGCCUUCCCACCUCAGCAGCUGCCCAGGGCCCCUCCUGCUGCCCUUGCAACUGCACCUUCUACUAGCCCCGAGGCCACUUAUUCCAAUGUGGGGCUGGCUGCGAUUCCCAGGGCCAGCCUGGCUGCUAGCCCUGUGGUAUGGGCUGGAACACAGCUGACCAUUAGCUGUGCCAAGCUUGGGCCUGGGGCCGAGUAUGCCUGCAUCCAGAAGCGCAAAGAGACAGAGCAGGGCUACCAAGAAUUACAGCAGAAGGCUAAGGUGAUCCCAGCUACUCAGAUGGAUCUCCUGUACUCCAGGGUCUGCAAGCCUAAAAGGAGAGACCCAAGACCUGACACAGAUCAGCCGGACCCCCAGGGUGGGAGAGCAAUUCUGGCCCUUGGGAGUGAUGUGGAAUAUGAGGCCAUCACUCUCAGGGGCCAGGAUAUGAACCAAGAUCCCUUAGAAAAUGUGUAUGAAAGCAUCAGGGAGAUGGGCCCCUGAGAAGUUGAGGCCGUACAUCCUGUUUAUUAACAUGAGCUGACAUAGUAAGGGUACCAAGGCUUCUGCCUCGGCAGUGUUUGAUUACAGAUCCUUCUGUGUCCUUACACCCCCACAGCUGACAGCACAAAUUUCAGGUCCAGUCCUUGUGGCCUAAUUAAAUCUCUGUCACAUAA